GCCCUUGAGCACUGAGGGGGCCGUGGGACCAGUCUCUCGCUCCCUCUCUCUGUAUCUUUAAGAUCCCCUCCUCCACCUCGUGCCUCCAGCCCCUCCCCAUCUCCUGCUCGCUCGCUCGCUCCCUGCCUCCGCCGCUGGGCUCUGCCUGACUCGCCGCCUCGCCAGGCUCCCUGGACCAGCAGCCAUGGCCGACAUGAAAACGGGCAUCUUCGCCAAAAACGUCCAGAAGCGGCUGAACAGGGCGCAGGAGAAGGUACUUCAAAAGCUAGGGAAAGCUGAUGAAACAAAAGACGAACAGUUUGAAGAAUAUGUUCAAAACUUCAAACGACAAGAGGCGGAAGGUUCCAGGCUCCAGAGAGAGCUACGCGGAUAUUUAGCUGCCAUCAAAGGCAUGCAAGAGGCCUCUAAGAAGCUUACAGAGUCUCUUCAUGAAGUAUAUGAGCCCGAAUGGUAUGGCCGGGAAGAUGUGAAAAUGGUUGGAGAGAAAUGUGAUGUGCUCUGGGAAGACUUUCAUCAAAAGCUGGUGGAUGGAUCAUUGCUGACCCUGGACACAUACCUUGGACAGUUUCCUGAUAUCAAAACUCGCAUUGCAAAGCGAAGCAGAAAGCUGGUGGACUAUGACAGUGCAAGACAUCACUUGGAAGCCUUGCAGAGCUCAAAAAGAAGAGAUGAAAGCAGAAUUACAAAGGCAGAAGAAGAGUUUCAAAAAGCACAGAAAGUGUUUGAAGACUUUAAUAUUGAUUUACAAGAAGAGCUGCCAUCUCUAUGGUCAAGACGAGUUGGCUUCUACGUGAACACUUUCAAAAAUAUAUCCAGCCUUGAAGCCAAAUUUCACAAGGAAAUCGCUUUGCUAUGCCACAAACUGUAUGAGGUGAUAACCAAGUUGGGAGAUCAGCAUGCUGACAAGGCCUUUACCAUCCAAGGAGCACCCAGUGACUCAGGUCCACUCCGUAUUGCGAAAACACCAUCACCCCCUGAGGAGGCCUCUCCCCUGCCUAGCCCUUCAUCUAGUCCCAAUCAUACACUGGCACCUGUUUCAUCUCCUGCACCAGCUCGGCCUAAAUCACCUUCACAGUUGAGAAAAGGGCCUCCUGUCCCACCGAUGCCUAAACUCACACCCACAAAGGAGCUGCAGCAGGAGAAUAUCAUCAGCUUCUUUGAGGACAACUUUGUACCAGAAAUCAGUGUGACGACUCCUUCACAGAAUGAAGCUCCUGAAGCUAAGAAAGAGGAAUGUUUGCUAGAUCUGGACUUCGACCCUUUCAAGCCAGAAGUGGUAUCAACAGGAAUAACCCUAACCCACUCACCCAUGUCUCAGACAUUGCCCUGGGAUUUAUGGACGACAAGCAGUGAACUGGUGCAGCCGGCAUCCAGCAGCACAUUUAAUGGAUUCACACAGGACACUUCUCUAUUCACAGUACAAUCAAAUCAGAAUGUGGUAGAUAACUUGAUUGAGGCGGAAGAAGCUCCAUCUUUGGAACCCCAGGCUGAAGAACCCCUCUCUCCCCCUGCUGCUGCGCCUGUUGCUGCUGCUGCGCCUGUUGCUGCUGCUGCGCCUGUUGCUGCUGCUGCCACUGCGCCUGUUGUUGCCGCUGUUCCUGAACAGGAAGCUCUGCCUGCUGAACCUAGUGAGCCAGCAAAGGAAGCUGUGCAGGAGACUGUCACAGCAGGUGAAAAGGAGGCAACUGGGAUUGCUGAGGAAGGGAGUGAGAUGGUAGCUGUAACUGAAGAUGCAGGUGCAGUUGAAAAUGUUGUUGUAACUGAAGUCAGUGAAGGUGCUGCUGCAGCUGAAACAGCUGAUGAAGGUGACAAACCUAAAAUAGAAGAGAAGGAAGCAGAGGUGGCUCAGGAGAAAGUCAGCAGCAUCCCUUCACUAGUAAUAGAGCCAGCAUCAAACAAUGAAGGGGAGGGAGAGGAACAUGAAGUCAUAGUGAAUGAAUCCGAAGAUGUUGUGGAAGACGUUGGCACUCAGGGCAUUGAAAGUGAUGCCAGUGAACCUUCCCAGGUUGUAAGUGAGCAGAAAACCAUUGAAGAAAUCCAAACUACAUCCUCUGAGGAACAGCCUGUGUCGGCGGAUGAUGCAGCCCAUGGAAUGCCACCUGGCUUUCUCUUUAAGGUUGAAGUGCUACAUGAUUUUGAGGCAGCUAAUACUGACGAGCUUAACUUAAAACGAGGCGAUACUGUGCUAGUAAUCCCUUCUGAGGCCACAGAUGACCAGGAGGCUGGCUGGAUGACAGGCAUUAAAGAAUCUGAUUGGCUGCAGUACAGAGAUGCAGUAACCUAUAAGGGACUUUUCCCAGAGAACUUCACAAAGCCCUUGGAGUAGUUCUCAGCUCAGGCAUAACAGUGUUAUAAGAAGCUCAGUCGGUAGGUUUUUAAAUCUCUUUGAAACACAGGAACCCACUUUUGUAGUUAAACUGCUAAUGGUUUACAGACUGGUGCCAGACAAAGCUUGGUGAAACACAUCAAAUGAGCACGAAUGCAAACAGUUAAGUUAGCAUUGUCUGAAGCAGUAUAUGAAAAAAAUGUAUUAAGAGAAAUGUCCUUAUUUGUUCACACGUAUGUGGCAACAGGUUUGUUUGUGCUUUGUCGGAGCUAUGGUGAUCCUGUAUUUGAUCCUUUCCCAUGAAAUCUAAAAUUAGCCUCCUCACUACGAGAACCUUAACUUCUCUGCACUAAGUGUAUUGUAUUGACUUGCUGCACUACAGAAAAUUUUAUUAGUAAUCCUUUAGUAAUGAGGUCAAAUUAAGUUGUGUUUAAAAAAAUGAACUGCUGCAAAGUUUUUCAAUGUUAUUUUUGAACAUAUAUACACAUAUAUGCUUGUGUGUAUAUAAGUGCAUACAGAUACAUAUGCAUUAACAUGUUACCUUCCAUUGUAGUUCUUUGACUCUGUAGUAUCAUUAAUAGAUGCAUUGCUCUUACAAGGUCUGGCAUUACAGUAAAUAGCUUUGUUCCAAAACAAAGCUAGCUGCUCCAUUGCCAAAAACAUUAUACAGUAUCUGUGUUUGUAAUGUGAAAUUUUCAUUCUGAGAUGAACAAUUAUAACCAUCAUAUAAUUGCUGCUAAAACAUUGGAAGGCAUGGCUCAGUCUCCUCUAUUUCUAGCUGCAAUAGUUUGAGAUUGUGUGGAUAGAGUGGUUAUAAUGCUAAUCUAUACUUUAAUUGGCUGAAUUAUGAAAACAAAAAAUAUCUAAGAAGGACAAAAACAAUAUAUUUUCACUAUAUGUAUUUAUGCAGCACACCAUCACAGAUCCUUUUAAAA